CACAAAGAAAGUACUAUCUAUCACUAUGCCUUCUAUUCAGUGCUCAGUUUCAGUUUCAGUUUCAGUUCCUUCCAUUCAGAUCAAACUCUCCAACCUUAAAACCACAAGGUUCUUUUCAGUUAACCCAACAAACACAAACACCACUGCUUCAUCAUCCCUUUCUAGAAUCAGAGCCUCAAGUUCUUCAUCCACCCCAACAGUGGAUGAAGCUGCAAUGAGCAUUGACAACCUACGUCGCUUCAUCAACCUUAAUAUGGGAAAGUGGAACGGCUCUUUCUAUCAAUUUGAUUCUUGUGGGAACCUGUUGCAACAAGUAAGUACCAAGCUUUCAGCUAGCUCUUAUGGGGAAGAUGAACUCAUGAGUCUCAUUCAAACGCUGUAUAUAAAACAACCUUCACCAAGUACUUCAAUUUCUGGAGUUGAUGAUGAUACAGAAUGGGCAGAGUACAAAAUUAAAGAAACCAAUAUGUUUACUGUUGACAAAUAUCAACAAAUAGGCUUUUUCCCAUCCGAGAGAGCAUUUGCGCUGAGGUACCAAACAGCUGGUAUGUUGGAAACAGUAUUAAGGCAAGGUGUUCUUGGAGAAGAUGACACUGGUGAAGAAUCUCCUAGAAAUCUCAAGCUCCCCUCUCGUCGACCUUCUGUUGUAUGUGAGAAUUGCCUGUACUCUCUACAGAGAGAUAUGCGCGCAAGAGCCUUUCACAUUUUGGAGCCCAAAGGCACUGUAGAUAUGCUUAUCAUCUUCCUUGAGGAAAGAAGUGAUGGGUCUCCUCCUCUACUUGACAGUUCCAGGGACAAGAAUAGGAUGAUAGCCUUUCUUGGUAAAUGGAAAGGUCAUUCCAUUACAAAAAGAAGUGGUGUGUAUGGAUCUACAAUUGCUAAAGCUGAUACUGUUGUGUUGCAUGAGAUGGAUGUUAAUGGCCAACUUAUUCAGGACGUUACUUCAACAUCUGAUGGGGAAAAUGCUACUACCAAUGUGCAUUGGACUGGCACAAUAUCAGAAAAUUUGGUUACAUUUGAUGGAGGUUAUCAGAUGAUACUAUUACCUGGUGGCAUGUACAUGGGGUGUCCUUGCGAUGUAGCAAAAAGUGUAGCACAAUCAAAGCCUUUCCAUUUAGAGUUCUGUUGGUUGGAAACACCUCACCAGAGACAAAGAUUGGUUCGAACAUAUGAUGUGGAAGGCUUGGCUGUCUCAUCUACUUAUUUUUUUGAGACUAAAUUGUGAAUCUUUUAGUAUCUUUUUUUUAUCAUAAAUUGUUCAAAUAGUUGUGAUUAUGAAGGUGGACCAUGUAAAACUCAUAUUUAUCUUUGCAUCCAUUGAAUGAAUAUGAUUGUUUAA